AUGACAUCAAGUCAUUAUAAAGUUGACGCUGAACUAUAUGUAACCAAUCAAUUGACACAUGAAGAUAUUCCCUCGCUUAUUAAAUAUCUCAAUAAUCAAAUAAUUCAUGUUAAUACAUUGAAUAUUCCAUAUCCCUAUACAACAAAAGAUGGCGAAAAUUUUAUUGAAAAAGUAAAAUCUGCUUCAGUAGAUUCAACAUACUUUUUUACGAUUCGUUUGAAUGCAAAUAAUGAACUGAUCGGUGCAUGUGGUUUAUAUCGUUCGGUUAAAAAUAAAACGAUAGCAACAAUUGGAUAUUGGUUAGGCGAACCAUAUUGGCAUCGCGGUCUAAUGCCUAAAGUUGUAAAGAAAAUAAUCGAAAUAAUAAGAAUUGAAUGGAAAAAUUUAGUUCGAAUUGAAGCACACAUAUUCUCAUGGAAUAAAGCAUCAAUGCGAGUCGUAGAAAAAUGUGAUUUUGAAUUUGAAGGAAUAUUACGAAAACUUGUACAUAAAGAUGGAGAAGAUAUUGAUGUACAUUCGUAUGCAUUAAUUAUUUAA